GAAACUAACCACUGACGUGUAGUCCACUCGGUACACAUAUGCAGAUAAGAACGACAAAACUUUCUUUCACAUAGAAGAAAGAGAACACCGUGCAGACGGCAAUAGAAUGAAAUAUAUAUAUGUAUGGUGUGUGAGAUGCGAGUUUGUUAUUACGCAUUUGUCGCUUGCAACUGAAAGGAGGAGAAAAAAAAUCAAUAAGGUAUGUUGGAAAAAUAAAAACUUUGAGUCAUAGUGAAGUAGAUCGAUUUCAUAUUCAUAUUUUCAGUGUUCUUCGCCUAUUCCCUUUUCUGAAAGAAAGGGUUAUAGCCGCGUUAAAACUGGUUAAAGUUCGUUUGUUUGUUCAAACCAAUCAGAUUGCAGUAUUUCAUAAAUCAAUGAAAACUUAACGAUGUUCCUUACGAAGUGAUUGUUGCAAGGUAAUCGGGGUUGAGCAUCCCGAAUCCGAUGUUAGUUUUUUGCAAAUAGUAACUAAUUAAUUGCUUAAUUAGCUAAUGAUUAGUUCUUAUAUUGUCAAAUAAGGGUUUACCGAAGGACAAAGGACGUCGUGAGAAAUUUCACUCAUCAGAUAAUGAAAUUCCCGUAUCGUCACAACUACGACAAUACUGCCAGAGAAUCACGGUUUCUUUUUAA